AUGAGCACCAGCAGCUCAAACAUACCUUACGACGUGGGUUCACCAAGACAACAAUCACAAACUGAAAUCCGUUCAAUUCUCAAUCCAUCAACAACUUCAACUGGCGCACAUCCAUCGUUCAAUCAAUAUCAUCCGCCAACGGCGGCACCUCCACUUAUACCAUCACACAUUCCUCUCCAAUCAACCACACCUUCAACCCUAGGGUUGAGUUUGGGUACUCCUUUGUAUCAAAGUGAACGAGAUAUUGGUUAUCCACGCGAUCAAAAACCAACCAGCAAUUACUACGAUCCGACUUCCGACUCGAGCGAAAGAAGACCUGCGACCGCGGAAUCUAAAUGGAGUGAUAGGGAAGCUAAGACAUCGCAACGUCGUGAUUCUUAUCCCUAUCAACAAAAUCAACCACCUGCACCAUCUACAGAUGGGCCAAUGAAUCUUUAUAACGGCGGCUAUAAAUCUCCCGUGAAUUCUCAUUUUCCACCAGGGUCGCCCAUUUCACACGCGCACCCACAAGGUCGCGUCCCUCCUCUAGUGACACAAUCACCGCGAAUGCCCGCGAUGGAAUCCCCAAUUAGUCGACAUAAUGGCCUUGGUGGUGGACCAGAAUUGCAGGAUAAACCAGUCAUCAAACAAGAGCCUGUACCAGCUAGUACUCCCAGCCGACCAGUAGAUCCAAUGGCUUUUUCGAGUAUAUUAUCCAGUGCUGCUCCUGAGCCAACGCCAAAACCUCAACCAACUCCCACACCCAUCGUAUCCAAGCCUCGCAAAGCUUCACGACAACCCAUACCUACCUUGAAGCCAGAGCCCUCCUCUGCCCCUAGUUCUCGACAAUCCUCAGUCGCACCAGCUCCUCAACCACCUACAUCCCGAGUACCGGCAAAGCGCAAGGCAAAUGGGGAAACAAAGCCCACACCAAAACCUAAACCUUUCACAAAGGACCAAGAAAGGGAUAUCGUCAUCUUGAUGUCAAAGUUGGACGGUGAACCAGAAGAUAGCGAUGUGGAAUUUGCAGAGGAGAAGAGACUCUAUCAAACACGAUCACUCAAAAGAAAGCUCGAGGUUGAAAAAAUUGAAACCUCGAAAACAAAGCAACGUCGUACGGAUUUCACCAACAAGAUGGCCAAGAGGUUAGAGAAGCAUGCUAAGGCGGGCGAAGAACGAUAUAGAGAGGUUGAAGGAGAUGCGGCUAUUUCGAAAGUACAAGCGGAUGAGAUUCAAACAGAGAAAGAGCGCAAGAAGGAUAUGCAGAGGAAGCGUCGUCGUGAAAAGACUGUUCAGAAUAAUAUGGAGCAAAAGGAAAUUGCCUUGGCCAAGGCUCAAGCAGCACAAGAUGAUCAAGAACGACACAAGUUUCUUCGAGAUGCUCAAAGAGCAGAAAAGAAGGCACAGCAGACUAAGCAAAUACUUGCUAGAGGGGACAAGGGUCCAGAGAUUCGAGCAGUUUCGCCCAUGGAACCUAACAUGCAAGGAGGUAGUAUGUCGACUUUUACCGCUGUGGAUCCUGAUUCCACCAAGAAACCAAAACGUGGUGGUGCUCGACCCAGAAAGUCUAAAGAACAGAAGCAGGCAGAGAAGGACUCGGCUGCAGCAGCUCAAGAGGCAAUCGACAAGGGCGAAUCACCAGCACUCAUGCCAAUUAGGGAUGCAGCGGAAUUUAAAGAUAUGAAGCCACUUCCAUCGAAAGAAGGGGUUACAAAGAUUAAGCUCAAGUUCAAAGCGCCGGCCGAACCGGUCGAAGUCAAGGAGGAAUCUCCCUCAGCUCCCGUGGAUCAGCACAACACGAAAAUGUACCAUGUUGUCUACGAUCAAAUCUGGAAGGACCUUGCUCGAAAGGAAGUUCCCAAGGUUUUCAAACUGGCCGUGGAUUCUUACUCUAUUCGAGCAUCAAACCUGAAGAAGACUGCAAUUCUGGCUUCGAAGGAAGCGAAACGAUGGCAGCUACGAACCAAUAAGGGCACCAAGGAUCUUCAAGCUCGUGCUAAGCGUGUUAUGCGAGAGAUGAUGUCUUUCUGGAAGCGUAACGAACGUGAAGAGCGGGAUACUCGAAGAGCUGCAGAAAAACAGGAGAUUGAGAAUGCCAAGAAAGCCGAAGCCGACCGUGAAGCAAACAGACAGAAGAGGAAGCUCAAUUUCCUUAUUUCUCAAACUGAGCUCUACUCCCAUUUCAUCGGCAAGAAGAUUAAGACAGAUGAAGUUGAGAGGUCUACCGAUCAUCCCGACGUUGCGGUUCCCGACAAAGCAGAUCAUGCGAAGCCAGAUCAUGGUGACUUACCAGAAGGCACUGCUCCUGCAAAGGUUACAAAUUUUGAGGAUCUUGACUUUGAUGCUGAAGAUGAAUCUGUAUUGAAAGCUGCGGCUAUGGCUAAUGCUCAGAAUGCUAUCCAAGAAGCUCAGAACAAGGCUAGGGCCUUCAAUAAAAAAGAUGAUGCGCCUGCCAUGGACGAUGAGGGAGAGAUGAACUUCCAAAAUCCAGCAGGUAUGGGUGAUGUCGAUAUUGAACAACCAAAGAUGCUCCAAGCCCAACUCAAGGAAUAUCAACUCAAGGGUCUCAAUUGGCUUGUCAAUCUUUACGAACAAGGUAUCAAUGGUAUUUUGGCAGAUGAGAUGGGUCUUGGUAAGACUGUCCAAUCGAUUUCCGUCAUGGCUUAUCUUGCGGAGAAACAUGGUAUCUGGGGUCCAUUCUUGGUUGUUGCUCCUGCAUCAACACUUCACAAUUGGCAACAAGAAAUUACCAAAUUCGUUCCACGACUUAAGGUAUUACCAUAUUGGGGAACAGCAGCAGAUCGAAAGGUUUUGCGAAAGUUCUGGGAUCGAAAGCACAUCACUUAUACCGAGGACGCCCCUUUCCACGUCCUUGUCACUUCCUACCAACUUGUCGUUUCGGAUGUCGCUUAUUUUCAGAAGAUGAAGUGGCAAUACAUGAUUUUGGAUGAGGCUCAAGCGAUCAAAAGUUCACAAAGUUCUAGAUGGAAGAGUUUACUUGGUUUUCAUUGCAGAAAUCGUCUCCUUUUGACUGGUACCCCUAUUCAGAACAACAUGCAAGAACUUUGGGCUUUGCUACAUUUUAUCAUGCCUAGUUUGUUUGAUUCUCACGAUGAAUUCAGCGAAUGGUUUUCCAAGGAUAUCGAAAGCCACGCUCAAAGUAACACUAAGCUCAACGAGGAUCAACUCAAACGUCUGCACAUGAUCUUGAAGCCUUUCAUGCUUCGUCGUGUUAAGAAACAUGUACAAAAGGAGUUGGGUGAUAAGAUUGAGGAGGACAUCUUUUGCGAUCUUACUUACCGCCAACGAGCGUACUACAGCAAUCUUCGAAAUCAAAUCAGCAUCAUGGAUCUCAUCGAGAAGGCUACAAUCGGAGAUGAUAAUGAUACUGGUACUUUGAUGAAUUUGGUGAUGCAAUUCCGAAAGGUUUGCAAUCAUCCAGAUCUUUUCGAGCGUGCUGAAACUACCUCGCCUUUAUCUUUCAGUUAUUUUGCUGAAGCUGGUUCAUUCUUGAGAGAAGGUUCAAAUGUUACUGUGGCUUACUCGGCGCGUAACAUGAUUGAAUAUUCAUUACCUCGAUUAAUAUGGCGUGAAGGUGGACGUCUAGACUUACCUGGGCAUGACAAUGAGCAUGCUGGUGUCAAGGCCAAAUGUUUAGAGUCACUUUUCAAUGUUUGGAAGCCAGAAAAUAUCGUUGACAGUGCAAAAGAAGAUGGAGCGUUUUCAUGGCUUCGCUUUACCAAUACCUCAGUACAAGAAUUAUCAACAGCUUCGAGGAAGGAUGUUUUUGCUCGUGCUGUGGAUCUUGUAAAGAGGCCACAAACACUUGGCAGACUCAACAUUGUCUAUGAUGAAGAGGAAGACAAGAACUAUACGCCAGUUCAUUCUAUGCUUCAAAUCGUGAAUAGGAAAGAUCGGAAGCCUCUCGCGGAAGUUACAAAUGAGGGAUAUCUCAACAAACUGUUCAAUGUAGCUAAGGAUGUUUGGGGUCAAUCCGGUAUGAGUCGAAUGGAACAGUGUGGUCGACCAAGUGCAACCGCUCCCCCUAUUGAAGUUACAUGCUCAAGCAGAGGUGCCGUCAUUGAGAGACAGAAAAUCUUGUUCAAUGUUCCGAUGAGACGUGCACUCUUUGGCCCUUCACCUGUUGAGGAGAAAGCAUUGAUUACCUCCAAGGUUUCGCCAUUGUUCUAUCCACCAAAACCAAUGUUACCAUUACCUACUUCGGAAAAACAACGCUUUACCAAUAUCAAAGUACCAUCAAUGCGUCGCUUCGUCACUGAUUCAGGAAAACUCGCUAAGCUCGAUUCUUUACUUACAAAACUUAAAGAAGGUGGUCAUCGUGUUCUUUUGUACUUCCAAAUGACACGUAUGAUUGAUCUUAUGGAAGAGUAUUUGACGUAUCGUAAUUACAAAUACCUUCGUCUUGAUGGUUCUACCAAACUUGAGGAUAGAAGAGAUACUGUACAUGAUUUCCAAACUCGACCAGAGAUUUUUAUCUUCUUGUUAAGUACAAGAGCUGGUGGUUUGGGUAUCAAUCUUACGAGUGCUGAUACAGUCAUCUUCUAUGAUUCUGAUUGGAAUCCUACAAUUGAUAGUCAAGCUAUGGAUCGUGCUCAUCGUCUAGGACAAACUCGUCAAGUUACAGUCUAUCGUAUGAUUACUCGUGGUACAAUCGAAGAGAGAAUUCGUAAGAGAGCUUUACAAAAAGAAGAGGUUCAAAAGGUUGUUAUGACUGGUGGUGCAGGUGGUGGUGUUGAUUUCAAUACGAGAAGUAAGGAGAAUAGGACAAAGGAUAUUGCAAUGUGGUUGGUGGAUGAUGAAGAGGCUGCGGAAAUUGAGAGAAAGGAAGCUGAACAGUUGAGAUAUGAAGCUGAGAAUCCGACAGCUAGUAAAAAGGGCAAGGGGAAAGGAAAGAAGGGAAAGGAAGGUGGUGGAGGAAGUUUGGAGGAUCUUUAUCAUGAGGGCGAAGGUCAUUUUGAUGAUGGAUCGAAUAGACCUAGUGGUACGGCAACACCUAUUGCUGUUGAUGCAAGUAAGAAAAAGGGAUCUAGUAGUCGGAAGAGUGGUGGUGGUGGAAGAAGUAAAAAGGCCAAGACGGCUAAAGAAAGGUUGGCGAUGGCGGAUGGGGAUGUGGAUAUGGCGUAA